UCAAGUUGAAAAUCUUAAAAUCUAUACGAAUCUGCUUGGAAAAGGAGCAAAUCUAAAUAAUUUGUGUGUUAUGUGUGUGAAAUGUCUAAAGAAAACGCGAAUCUACGGUUGCAGGGCUCGCCGGUGAAUUUAUCGUACAGAAGUAAAAAGAAGGACGACAGAAAAAACAUACGGAAUAGGCCUAGAUCUGCGCUUCAGAAUUCUUGUUUCACGCCGGAUAUCCAAGAGAGUUACAAGCGGCCAUUUUCUGCAGAUGCUAAAGAGAGAGCACCAUCUACCAGGACUUUCUUCAAAACAUUCAGUGCAGAGCUCCUAGAGUCAUAUUACAACUCGCCUGCCACUAUCAAAGUCUUACCGCCUACAGCACACUUACUUGGAGACACCAAAAUAAAUAACAAGCAAUAUGCAAGAAAAGACAAAGACUUAUGCAGCAAUGCCUCUGACUAUGGGUCUGAAGACACUUUCAUUAGCCUAGGAACAAAAAUCAAAGCAAAAGCACAACUUAGCCCUAACCCUAAGCCUAAAAACAACAACCAAAAAUUUCUUAAAUAUCGUAACAUAGCCAGAAAAGGACGAAGAGUCAUGGACGCUCCUGUAAAUGAAGAUAAAACAAAUGAUUAUGGUUUAGAAGUUAAAAUAAUGGAGAAACGACCACAAUCACCAUCUAAAAGCAUAGAUGGUAACAUUAGAUGCUUGUCACCUUCAUUUAAAACUGGCGUUUAUGAAUCAUACUUUGUUCCAUUGCAAUCUGACGCGCAUAAUCCUUUAGCGGGCAGGGUUUCAUUCGGAGAGAAGCAAGACAUAGAAAAUGCCAUCGAUGUAUAUUCUAGACGCCUCAUGCAAACUAAGCAACAGUUGUCCUUAGUUGAAGAGGAAUCUACGCAAGAUUUGGACAGUGUUCCGUCUAAUAACCUUCUAAGUUUGACUCCAGAAAAUUCUUUAGAAGAACUUAAAGAUAAAGACGCGGACCACACUGAAGGUGAUCUGACUGGUAGAAAUACUUAUGAUGUUAAUGAAAAAGAAGAAUAUCCUAAUGCGUCUGAUUAUAUAGCUGAAGCUCGGACUUACAACAGCUUCUAUGAUGAUUUUCGUUCAUGUUCAGUUGAUAAUCAUAAGUCCAAGAUGUCUAGCACGAUAGUUCAUACUGAUUCCUCUUCAAAAGAUUCAGGCUACCCUAGCAGUGCUAAUGAUGAGAAAUGCCACAAGAAAGGAUACUCCUUACCUAUCACUUCGAAUUUGAGGAAAUCUAACUCUGAUAAUAAGAUUUCCGAUCAACCUAAAAGUCUCGAUAGUAUUUCAAACCAAAAAUGUCCCAAAGCAUGGACUGAACCUUUAAAUCAUAGCAGAUUGCUCUACAAAGACUUCUUCUUAAAGAAAGAAGGGCAUAUAGCUGUGCCUCCUAGUAAUUCUCCAAUCCGUCCUACAAAACACACAUUCCCAAUUCCUGGAAGUAGUGAUACUAAAGAAAUUGCAAAAAUAGAAAAAAAGGAAAAUCUGGAAUAUCCCACAUACCUCCUGAACAGUAGUACAAAAGCGUACACGUCCAAAGUUAUUGAAGACUACAAGAAGGAAUUAGAAGCAAUUAACAGCUUACAUGAACUAACUAUAAAAGAUAUGCAAACUGAUGCUAUUUCUCCAACUCCAUUGAAUAUUGACAAAAUGUUUGAACAGCAUUCAAACCUUUCUGAAGAAAAAAACACUCAGUCUCAUGCGAAAAAUGAUGAAAUCAGUAUCAGUAAUAAUUUAGAUAUUAGAAAGAGGAACGUGUCCAAAUUAACAACUAAAGAGCUGAUACAGAAUUAUUUAAAAGUAAAGGGUGGGAAUACAAAAGAAUUUGCUAAAAAUCUUAAGAAAUUUGAGAAUAUUGAAGCAAAGUAUAACUGGAAUAAUAGAUCUACAAUAGAGAGACGCAGUGCACCAGUGGCAAGAAAUUUGACCCAAAGGAAUAUGUUCACGAUUAAAACCCCUAUGAGCGCCAGAAUAGAGGGAGUCAAUAAUGACAAGGACAUAGAUUCUUGGAUGUCUCUUUCUGCACCUUCACCUAGUGUUCUUCACUUAGACGAUGUAGACACAUCUUCUCCUGUCCCAGAAGGUAGGAGUGAAAAUGAACCUGAACUAACUGAACAGACGGUUCAAAUUCAAGAAAUUAAAGAACCUCAACCAACUCCACAUGUAAAUCAAGAACCAGUGAAACCAAAAGAGCUCACUUCAAAUUCGACUGUUUUGGAUAUUUAUUCGAUGUUGAAAGACAUUGAAAGUUUCGGAGAGAAUCCAGUGACGUCUGUUACUAGUGCCAACGUUGUGGAAACUCCACAGAAAGAAGUCCAGGAGGAAAGAGAAGUUACGCCUAAGGAUAAUUUUAUGGAAAUCUUCGAAUUUUUGGAGAAAGUUGAGCAGAGCGCCAAUGAUGCUCUUUCUGUUGUGACCAGCUCUACUCCUCAGACUAUCCCCAAAUUGGAGGCUCUACUAAAGCUGCCUCACACGGAAAUAGCCCAGAGACUAGUCACGGCUUCACUGCAACUCGAGGAGCGUUCAUGCUGCAUCGCUUUGCUGCAGGAGAGCUUGGCCAAUCACAAAGAACAGAUGAUCAACAAAGUGAGCAAUUUGGAGAAGCAGUCGCUCCGUAACAUCAGCAGGGUGAAGGCGGAGUGUGAAGAGGCGAUCAAGAGACACCAGGCUUUUAUAGACCAACUAAUAAACGAUAAGAAGACACUCAAUCACCGAAUUGAGCAGUUAGUAGACGAACGGCGCUCGCUCGAGGAGCGCUGGAAACGCUCAGCUCAAGCUCUGGAAGAUCGAUACAAGCUGGAACUCCGGAAUCAACACGAUAAGAUGGCUGCUGCGCAACAGGUAGCAAGGCAACGUUGGGUCAGACAAAAGGCAGAGAAAAUUAAGGAACUAACAGUAAAAGGUCUAGAAGGCGAGCUCCGCGAGAUGGCAGAACGGCAACAGAACGAGAUAGCCGAUCUUAAAAUGCACCACGCAGAGCAACUAGGUCGGGCACAAGCUAAACAUGCUCAAGAGUUAGAGGUCCAACGAAGAGAGCUCGAGGGGGAGAAGGAAGCUGCUCUAGUGAAGGAACGUCAGCUGGCCAGCUCCAGACUUGAGAAGCAGAUUCUCGAACUAGAGCUGACAUACCAGGAGCAAAGGACCCGUUUGGUAGCAGAAAUGCGCGCUGAGAACGAACGCGUCGCUUCUGGGUUGAGCGAGAGGGAGAAACAACAGAAGGAAAGUUUUGAGAAAUGGAAGGAAGACCAAGAGAAGUUGCUUGAAGAAAAGAAACGACAAAUGGAACAAGAGAUAGCGAAAGAAAGAGAGAAAAUGCAGGAAGAAAUAAAAUUAGACAGAGAAGAAUUAGAACAAGAAUUCGAACAACACAAGAGAGAAUUCGAAGCCGAACAACAGUUGGCACUCAAGAAGAAAGUGACGGAGAUAGCAGCACAGCACAGGCGCGAGCGAGACAGGGAGAUCGAGCGGGCUAUAGAGAGGAUGGAGGAAGAAGCGCAAGCGGGUCGUAGAGAGCUGCAGGAGGCUAUUAGGAGGAAUAAAGAACAGUACGAAUGCGAGCUCCGUGAGUUAGCAGAGACGGAGCAAGCGACGCUCCGUCGGUACCAGGACGCCGCGGCGCGCGUCCGACACGCGGAGGAUCGAUGUGCUGAAUUAGAAAUCACAAUCUCGCAGCUCGAAACUAGAAAUAAAGUUAUUACUGAGAAAAAUACUCAACUCGAUGCGGCUGCCGAACAAAUUCGUUCGAGCUGCGAAUAUGCGUGGGAGAAUCGCGUCGAUACACUAAAGAAAGAGAUGGAAGAUAUGAAGAAGACACAUGAAGAGCAGAUGCACCAGCUUUACGCCAAAGUUAAAGUGGCUGUAGCACGAAAGGAUUCCGCUAUUCAGGCUUUAACGCGCGAAACUGCCAAGUACCAGGAGAAGAUAACGAUGUUAGAGCAAAAACUGCAGCAGCAGCGGAAGGAUUUCCUCAAACAAAAGUGAGCCUUAUUACCCAUAUUCACAGUUGAUUAUCGAGUGACAAUGUAUGUGUAAAAUCCAUGAAACUGGAUAAUUAACACCAUAACACAGCAACAUUUGCAAAGCCAGCGCAAGGAGUGUAAAUAAAAUUGAACCUUAUCGACCGAUGCUACAAGAUUUAUCCUACGGACAGAAAGUACUGUCAGCAGCAAAAGAGUCUUAAAAAACCCCUCUUGGUAGUCUUAGGUAAUGUAAUGUUCACGUUCUUGCGCUCCUUACAAUGAACAUGAACUAGUGUAUAAAUAUAAAUCAUUUCAAUCAUUCAUCAAUCAUUCUAGAUUAUUUUUGCUAAAGAAUGUCUCAAGCAACAAACUACACUUACACUUCUUGAAUUAACCUCGUAAGGCCCACCAUACAAAAUUUUACUAUGUAUUUUUAAUUUGAACCUUGUAUUGGGUUGAAUUUAGUUUGUUUAAGAAUGAAAGUUUUCAAUUAGAUUGAAACGGAGUGUAAGUACAUUGUAAUGCACAUUGGGCCUUACGGGGUUAAAAAACCGGCCAAGUGCGAGUCGGACUCGCGCACGAAGGGUUCCGUACCAUGACGCAAAAAAUGCCAUAAAAAAUCACGUUUGUUGAAUGGGAGCCCCACUUAAAUAUUAAUUUUAUUCUGUUCUUAGUAUUUGUUGUUAUAACGGCAACAGAAAUACAUCAUCUGUGAAAAAAGACGGACGGACGGACAGCGGAGUCUUAGUAAUAGUCCCGUUUUUACCCUUCAUUAUCAUCAUCAUCAUUUAUUCAAUAUUGUUUUGUCAUGUACAUAAUAGGUGUGUGUAGGGGUUGGGUACGGAAGCCUAAAAAGGUGAAGUGUGCGUCUUGAAUGUGCCUGUCAUUUAAAAAUCGAAUCUAUAACAACCAGUACGGAUAUGAUAGUCGUCUAUCCUGCGGUGUAAAAAAAAACCGGCCAAGUGCGAGUCGGACUCGCGCACCGAGGGUUCCGUACUUUUUAGUAUUUGUUGUUAUAGCGGCAACAGAAAUACAUCAUCUGUGAAAAUUCAACUGUCUAGCUAUCACGGUUCAUGAGAUACAGCCUGGUGACAGACAGACGGACAGCGGUUUCUUAGUAAUAGGGUCCCGUUUUUACCCUUUAGGUACGGAACCCUAAAAAAGUGACAGUUAUUUUAUCAGGUUUAGAGUUAACUGGUAGGUAUUUUCACUGAGUGUGUAGUGUACAUUUUCGCUUAGGCUUAAUUCUAUGUUUAUGAUCUCAACACGUGUGAUGCCAAUCUACACUAGACUAGAUUAUUAGUACUAUUACUACUUUUAUUGUUCCGUCCAUGUAUGUAUUAUAUUAGGUAAUUUAAUUUAAUUAAUUAAUUAUAUUGACAACUAUCGUAAUUUCUACAAAAGAUGUCUAGACAAGAAUUUGUCUUUUGUUGAAAGGACAAAAAAUCUCGGUAGAACCAUCGAGUUUUCAUUUUUGCUCAUGCGUAAGAUGUAUAGGUAUAUUUGUUACACCGGGUCUAUGCAUACAG